AUGAUGGUAGGUCUGGUCACCUAUAAAUUGGAAUACUUGACGUUCGGUGAGGACCAAGCUAUCCUUUCUCCACUAUAUUUUCUGCAAUGUGUUACUGGCGUAGAGUUACGAACUUCUAUCUCAGAUGCGAGCAUGCGGUCGCCUUGGUCAGUCGGUCCUACGUUCAUGGCUGCGCGAUCCACUCAACAGACGAUAUUCUAUCAUCAGCCCGACGAAGAAUUCGCUGUAAGUUUAGCAGCACUCACCCCGACCGGUGUCCCAGGUGCACUCAAACGUGCUGGCAAUAUCACCAAUUUCCGCAACAAUACAAUCCGCAUAUCGAUGACUGGUGCCCCGCAUGCGCCUCUUUGA